AUGUUGGAAGGCAUUAGGGGAUAUAUGAUGGACAGAGUAUUGAUCAAGUACAGGAUGUUGGGCGAGAACGCUGAUGUAUUGUGUCCGAGAAUCAGGAAACGUGUGGAGAAAGAGAAGGAAUUUGCCAGAUCUAGAGGAAAACGAGCUGCACCACAAGAUGCUGGAAACGCUCAAGGGCAGAAGAGAGGAUCUCAUUGUUCAAAAUGUGGCUCACCUACCCACAAUGCGAGGACUUGUCCUCUAAACAGAGCAAAUGGGAUACAGGAUGUGAGACUGAAUGUUGCUGAUAGAAGGACAAUAGAAAGGGAGUUGCGUGUUGCAACGACUGGGUAUGUACGGCUUAAUGGAGCACGUGGUAGAGCUUUUGAUUCGGGUCCAUCUCAACAACCUAGAGCUGUCGAAGCAAAUGUGGUGGAGCUGGGAGGAAGUCAGCCCCCACCAUCUCAGCAUUAG